AUGAAGACAUCAAGAGUCACGACGCUGUUGUUGACCGUUGCCACUACGAUAACAUCCAGUCAUGCAUUAGGUUCAUCCUGCCCCAACAUACCAGACCCGCUGUACCCGUACAAGACAGCUCCAGGAUGGUCUUAUCUCAAGGUAGGCGGAGGUUUACAUAGCCCCCGCGACCUUGUAUUAGACGGCAAGGGUCGACUUCUCAUUAUCGAAGAAGGGCUUGGUCUUUCCCAGCACAUUGUGGAUGCCAACGGGUGCAUUACCAACAGCCGUCUCCUCAUCUCUGACCCCGAUCUCAACCACGGCAUUUGCCUGAGUGCAGACGGGAAGAUAUUGUACGCGAGCUCGUCCUCCUCUGUAUUCAGCUGGACGUAUGAUGCCGUCAGCGGCGAUGUCGACCAGGAUCCAGUCUUGGUCGUAUCGGGCAUGGCGACCUCCGGCCACGUCACGAGAACACUAGCCGUUCCGCCGCACCGGGAUGAUCUUCUAGUUGUCUCUCACGGUUCAGAUAGGAAUAUCGACGAGGAGACUAGUGAUGCUAGGACCGCGAGGGCCAUCGUCAAGGUCUUCAAUGUGUCCUCCGUGCCGAUGGGAGGCUGGAAUUACAUCUCCCAAGGCUGGAACGCGGGUUUCGGGCUCCGAAACGAAGUCGGUCUCGCGUUCGACGGGAAUAACAUGCUCUGGGGUGUCGAAAAUAGCGCUGAUAAUCUCGCUCGCACCAUCAACGGCACAACGACAGACGUACACGCAGACAACCCGGCCGAAGAACUCAAUUACCUCGGGGACGUGACGGUGCCGAACGAUGACUGGUAUGGCUAUCCGGUGUGCUUCACAGUAUGGAAUCCCACCGAGCUCUCUUUUGAUCGCGCCUUUAAAGUCGGCCAGCAGUUCGUCCAAGUCCCUACCUCGUCCUUCAACGACGAGACUUGCGCCCAGGUGUCCGUGCCACCUGUGCUUUCCUUCCAGGCGCACUCGGCGCCCCUCGGGUGCAAAUUCGAUGCGAAAUUCAGCAAUUUGUUCGUCGCGAUGCACGGUAGUUGGAAUCGCGAUAUGCCGACCGGGUAUAAAGUUGUUGCGGUCCCGUUUGCGCAAGGCCCGGAUGGAGCGUAUGCGCCUACGGCUGCGUCUUGGAGCGUCAGGGGCAGUAUCGAUGUGUUUUAUCCACCUGAUGAGACGGCGUGUUCGUCGGAGACUUGUGUGAGGCCUGUGGGACUUGCGUUCGAUGGUGCUGGGAGGUUGUAUGUGACUAGCGAUGCUUCUGGGGAGGUGUUUUUACUUUCACAGGGCUGAAGGGGUUAUGUUCGAAUUGAGACCAUGCGCAUGGCUAUCUUCGCUGCUUUUUAUCAGG